CGUAUCUUGCCUCGGCAGAAUAACUUUGGCACUCAGCCUCGUUUGCGGGCGGGCAGGUCAGCAAGAUAGAGGGGCCUCCUGCCCCCAGGCCUGGGCCCGAGAUUACUUUUGUCUCUUUCCUCGCGCGAGCGCAGUUUGUUUCAUCGACAACCAAAGCAUACCUCCGUCUGGCCUGCCAUGCCGUCCCUAUACCGGGCCGUCCGAACACGCGUAAGAUCAUUCUGACAACAUCGAAGGCUAUCAUGAACCUUGUUUCUGCGAACCCGCAAGUGCAUGAUGACGAAAGGACGACUGCGAGGGUUCUUCGGAUCACGAUCAAUCCCGAUACAUGAGUUGGGCACAUCGAAGGAGAUAGAACCGGAAAAGGAUGGCAAAGUUCUUCCCUUUGAGGGAAGACCGGAGAAGCUCGGGGACAAAAAUGGUGGUACCUAUGUGAACAAGGUGGUGGUCUCACGCAAAGCGUUGAAAUACAAGAAUGGAACUACGAACCGCGGAAAUGAACAGAUGGCAAUCAAAGUCUUUCCCCCAGAGUACCAUCCAUCCUUCCAUAAAGAAAGACUCAACCUUAUUUUGCUCAAGGGAAGCUCGGUUCCACCUGAAAGCAUACAAUUAUGCUUUGGUACGGUCCUCGCAAACAGCAGAGGUUAUAUUAUUUCAGAACUCGCAACUUGCGACCUCCGGCACAUACUGGUUGGCGAAUAUAUUUUUACUUCGCCAAGGGUGCCUCCUAUGCUGCUUCUCAACGAGGCACACUCGAUCGCCAAUGGACUCGAAUGGCUCCACCGAGACCUUGUAGGUGAUGGUGGACAACUGAUGACAGGCAUCCACAUGGAUCUGAAACCCACAAAUAUAUUGGUAUUCUGAGCCGAGAAUGAGAGACGUUUCUGGAAAUGGAAAAUCACCGAUUUUGGAGAGAGUUCUAUUGGCUUUCAUGAGAAAGUGCGUGAA